AAUGGUCUCAGUGGAUAGACUGUUAGGUCAAUAAAGAAGAGUGGCUCCUUAGUUUGAAUGGUAGUUUGAGGCAUGAUCUUGUACAGCUUAGCAUGUUUCGUGUUAGAUGCUGGUGUUUUUUUUUGUUGCUGAAGGCUUCAGGGCUAAGGUAGUUCUCCGACUCCCCUUUAUAAGUCUUUGGACAUACAGAACCAAACCAGUUUUGUUACUGUACAAAAAUUAUCUUUCAUGUUGGAGGUUUCUCUUGAUAUUUCGUGUGAAGGAAACCUGCAUCUCAUUACUGAGCAUACUUGGUUCAACAUCCUCUGUGCUUGUUCCAGUUGCUUGAGUUCUAGUUAGUUGGAUCAUCACUGAUGAGACCAGGAGGGCCGGGAGGGGGAGGGCCGGGCUGGGGUGGCGGUCCUGGAGGGCCUGGAGGACCCUGGCCGGGUCCUGGCUUCGGGCCUGGAACUGGUGGCUUCUUGGGAGGAUGUGUAGAUGGUCUAUGCGGCAUGAUCACUUCAUGCAUUUCAUGCUUGUGCUGCUGUUGGUUGCUGCAAGAUUGUUUCGGCGGACCAGGUGGCCCAUUCGGUCCUCCUGGCCCCGGAGGUCCCCCAGGGUUCUGAUUCAGUUGCUCCGGCGGCCUUGUUUGGGAAGGAUUUAGUCAGUUGCAUGUAGUUAUUUUCCCAAAAUGGAGUUUUGAGAAACAGGAGUUACUCGAAAUCAGAACUUUUUGUAUUAGCAAUGAGAAUCACUGUUUUCUUCAAAUCACAUGAAAUGGCACAGAAGUAGAAAGAAAUGGUGAACUAAUGAAAUAA